AUGUCGGUAUACGAUUCAAUUGAUGAUAAUGUUAUACGUGAUUACGUGAGUUAUUCAUUAGCCCAAUUGCUGUACUAUGCCUUAAAAGAAUCGGCUGCAUCAGAACAGAGCUCCCGUAUGACUGCCAUGGAUUCUGCAACCAAAAAUGCUGGCGAAAUGAUUGAUAAAUUAACGAUGUCAUUCAAUCGAACGCGACAAUCAGUGAUCACACGUGAAUUGAUCGAAAUCAUCUCAGGCGCUGCUUGUGUUUAA